AUGAGAUUAGUACUUCGGAGAGUUUCAUCACUUGCAUCAUUUGCUAAGCGAGAUUCAAAAAUCCCUCAAACUAUUCAAUUAUUUUUGCCAAUUCCAUGCAAAUCCCAACACUCCUUUUCUACCUCUUCUUCAAAUCCUCUCCUUACAACAUUGCUUCAAACACCAACCUCCAAGCUCAAAGCUACACUUGAUUCAGACCAAAGUUUUCACCUUAAAAGUUCUCAACUUUCAUGGGAUGAUCUUAUUAUUAAUCUCAGAUCUUUCUCUCCCGAGAAAGCCCACUUGGUUUUAGAAUGGAGAUUGGGAAGAAAGCUUAAUGAUAACGAGAUAGAUCAUGAUGAAUGCUCCAGUUUAAUAUCUCUUUGUGGAAAGAUUCAAAAUGUGCCGCUUGCAAUGCAUGUGUUUGCUUCUAUGGAAGCUCGUGGAAUUAACCCCACAACUUCUGUUUUCAAUUCACUUUUACAUGCUUGCUUGUUAUCCGGCAAUGUGAUAACAGCUCUUAGCUUAUUUGAGAUAAUGGAGAAUUCUGAGAGUUAUAAGCCUAAUUCCAACACUUACGACAAUUUUGUUGCAGGGUUUUCGAAUUUAAGAGAUGUUAAUAAAAUGCAAGCUUGGUUUGUGGGGAAAAGGGCUGCUGGUUUCUCUGCUAAUUUGCACAACUAUGAAUGUCUUGUUUCUGGUUGUGUUAAGGCGAGAUAUUUUGAUACUGCUGAUAGACUAUAUGAAGAGAUGAUGUCAUCGGGAAUUAUGCCUAGUUUACACAUAAUGGAAUGGGUGCUGGAAGGGCUUUGCAAACGGGGAAGCUGUGAUCGAGUAAAAGAGUUUUUGAAAUUUUUGCUGGAAUGUGAGUUUGAGAUCAAUGGGAAUAUGAUUGAAAAUGUUGUCAGGCUGUAUUCUGAGCUUGGAAAAGUGGAUGAAAUGGAGAUUCUACUUGAAAUGUUAAUGGAGUUCAAUAAAGGUGGCGAAGCUUUAUUGCCGCUGCACUGUGGGAUUAUAAGAUUCUAUGCCAUGUUAGAUAGAUUGGAUGAUGUUGAAUUCUCUGUUGGGAGAAUGAUGAGUCAAGGGAUAGUAUUUAAAAGUCCAAGUGAUGUUGAGAAGGUUAUCUCUUCCUACUUCAGGCAGGGGGCUUAUGACAGGCUAGACUUGUUUCUGGAACAUAUUAAGAGCUACCAUAAGCUUACUAGGUCAAAUUAUGAUUUGUUAGUUGCUGGGUACCGAAGAGCUGGAUUGAUGGAGAAAUUGGAUUUAGUGAUGGAGGAUAUGAAAUUGGCAGGAUUAUAG